AGCAUAAAUCCCGUUUCCUGUUGCUUUCCCUCAUGGAAGUGAAGAUUGCACUAAAAAAUAAAAUAAAAAACUUACAACAAAUUAAUGUUACUACAUUACAUAUCAUAAUAAUCCUAUUCACUUCAUUAUGCCUACAAUCAUGAUUCUUGGUUCCAUCACCCGCAUGCUCUCUUCUAAAACACCCUCACACACUUCUUCUUAAUACUACAAACAAACUCACUCUCAUUCUCAUUCACACACACCUAUAAAUCUCAUUGACCCCCCAAUCCUUUCUCUCACCUCAACCUCAACAUUCCAAUCAAAUCUCUCUCUCUCUCUCUACAUGUCCAUUUAGCUUUCAAAGUUUAAACCUUUAUCUCCAAACAAAACUCCUCUGCUUUUCUCUGUUUUCCUCUGUUACAUCCAAACACAUUCAUUAUCCUCCACACCCCAAAUGGCUGUAUCUGGCUUUGAGGGAUUUGAGAAACGUUUGGAACUUCAUUUCUUUGGAGAUGAUCCAAUUACAUUCCAACUGGGUCUAAGAAAAAUUGAUUUUGAAUCAAUACAACAAGUCUUAGAAGCUGUUCAAUGCACAGUUGUUUCAGCAGUUGGAAACUCAUACUUUGAUGCAUACGUUUUAUCAGAAUCAAGCCUCUUCGUUUAUCCAACUAAGAUCAUCAUCAAAACAUGUGGAACAACACAACUACUCAAAUCCAUUCUUCCUUUAAUUCACUAUGCAAACCAUUUAGGCCUCACUUUAUCCUCUUGUCGUUACACUAGAGGUAGCUUCAUCUUCCCAAAUUCACAACCUUUCCCUCACACAAGCUUCAACGAUGAAGUAACAUUCUUAGAACACACUAUCCCUUCAAAUCUUUGCCAUAGAAAAGCUUCAAUCAUGCCUUCAAAAUCAUCUUCACACUCUUGGCAUGUUUUCACCGCACAUUCUUCAAUAACCCAUCACCACAAUCUUAAUCACAAUCAAAGUGAUAUCUUCACCAUGGAAAUCUGCAUGACAGAACUCGACCCGAUUCUAGCUCGCAAAUUCUUCCGCCGACCCGGAGACGGAAAAACCGGCGACUCUGCCGGAAAAGAAAUGACGGAGCUUACCGGAAUAAACGAAAUUAACCCAAAUGCGUUCAUUUGUGAUUUUGCAUUUGAUCCUUGUGGAUAUUCAAUGAAUGGAAUGGAUGGUGAUUGGUAUUCAACAAUUCACGUAACACCAGAAGAUGGUUUCAGUUAUGCAAGCUUUGAAUGUGUUGGUUCUGUUAACGACAACAUAGUACACGUGUUGAGGAAAGUUGUUCAGAUUUUCCGACCAGGUACGAUGUCGAUAUCAACGACAUGCAGUGAUUAUAGGAAUGAGAUGUUGAAGCAGAUGGUAACUGCAGUGGAGCCUCUUGGAUUGAAAUGUAGGAGUCGUGCAAUGGAUCAGUUCCCGGCGGCGGAUACGGUUGUUUUCCAAACGUUUACGGCUCGCCGGAGAAGUGUUUGAUUCCGGCAAUGUGGCGGUUAUGGGUGGUGGAGGGAAAAGAAAUUUAAUUAAGAUAAAAAAUAAUAGGUAGGGAAUUGGAAUUAGAGUUAGUUGCAAAAAAAAUUUAGGGGUGGGGUGACGUGGCGGAAUGUGAUUGGUUUGAUGGAUGAUUAAUGUUGAAUUGACUUUUUUGUUUAGAAAGAAAGAUGGUGAUGUAGAAGUUUAUGAUUUAUGAAGAGGUUAAGGAUUUCAUUUCAUGUUGAAAAUGGGAUGAUGGUAAAUGUUGGGAUCAUAAUGAUAGUGCACUCCACUUAGGCUUGUCACGCAUAAGAUUUUUGGAAGGUGUUUUAGUGGGUGUAAAAGUGCUCUUGUUUGAGAUUAUAUUCAACUUUUUUAUGCUUUUUCUCUC